AUGCAAGAAUUGUUGAAUCAACAUUCGUCAAGGUCAAGGUUCCCUAGCGUUGACACUCAUCAAACACAUAUACGUCCAAGCAUAAACACAUCCAUGCCUCUUCAGAGAAUUGGAGAACAAACUAUUGGACGUUCCUCAACUGAGCCUCCUCUCGCCAAUAGAAGACCAAGAGACAGCAAUAAUAGUGGUAGAGUUUCAAAACGGGGACGAAAAAGCUGCAAAGAUGAUGUUCAACGUGGUGAAUCAUCAUCUUCUGCUCAGCAAAAGAAGAUCGACUUGCCAAAAGAAAGUGAUGGUUCAGUUGCAGUCGACCUUCCCCAAACAAGAAAAUUUGCUCAUUUUUUUGCCUUACUCCUAAAAACGGUUUAUGGUACGGAUGCAUCUGAAUGCAAAUAUGAGAUAAUUGUAAAGAGAUUGCAUUAUGGAACAUACAGUUUACAUGUAUGGCAAAGUCUUCCUAUUCUGGAAUUGAAGCUGCUAAUUUCUUGCCUUUCUGGUGUUAUACCGGAACUACAACGCUUGUUAUUCCAUGGAAGAGCUUUGGAAGAUGAUAAAGUCGUAUCGGAUUAUCGUAUCCUGCUUUGCUUAUCCUCAUUGCUACUCUUCAUGUGCUCGUGUUUUCUUUUUUCCGAGAAAUGGAUUUCUUUAAAUGAGUUAAUCCAAGAUGUUCAACAAGGCCACACUCUGUAUCUGGUUACCAGAACAAGAUUAUCACAAACUGAAAGUAGUAAUGCAGUGGCUGAUCCUAUUUUGAGAAGGCAAAGAUUUCGCGUGGAUGUAGGAGAUACCUUUAACUUUUCACUAGCGUCUGAUGACAAUUCAAAUCUUGGUCUAGCUAAGAGUUUAAGAUGUGAGCAUUUCUCCUUUAUUGGCCAGGACACUCCGAAUGAAAGCUUGUCACGUUAUUCUUAUCAUACCACUGGACGACUAUAUGACACACCAGUUGUGAUGCCAGAUUCUUACACAUUUAUAUCUGGAUAUCUGAAUUUUCUAAGACAAUAUCUCAACGGUGCUUGCGGAUCGUGCAAAUCUUACAGAUUUAUCAUCCCAAAGAUUGCGCGAAUAUUUCAAUCUUUUGCAUUGUUUAAGACACGUCGGUCUCAGAUGCAAACAAGUACUAGAGAAGGAAAUAUACCAGUUGCUACUAAUGCCCCAAGAAAUGUUGAGAUAACAAGGCACGUAAGAGUCGGUUUUCUUUGGCCCUCACCGAGUAGUCAACAACAUGUCAGCUCUCUUCAAGUAGCCACUGAGGAGGAGGAGCUUGAGGAUCCAGAUUUAGAAGAUGAGAUGAGCGAGUAA